CACCCUGAGGACACCAGCCACUGAGGCGCCACCAAUUCGCCACCUAUGGCGGGAGUGCACGAAUGUCUGCCAUCCUACUGCUGCGUCCAGUGCAAGCUCCAGUGCUUGGUUCUUUCUAUGGCUUGCUGGUGAAGGGCUUUAAAUACCUCCGAGCUGGCGUAGUGGUUCGUGCGUGACUCUUCGUAAAUCGUCCUCGCUACUGUGUGACUGUCUCGCAACGCUCGAACUGGCCGCCAUCAUGGGUGACGGCGUCGUGCCGCUACACUGUCACAGCGCUUUGUACCUCGACCUGGCGCUGGAAGAAGUGAACCGACGCUUCGAGAAGCUGCUCUCUGCCGAGGGCGUGGAGGAAAAACUCGCGCAAGAAAUCAUGUCUAGCUUCAGGUCUCGGUUCGGCGCCCUUGUCUACGGCAACGUGGUCGUCGACGAACAGGGCCCGACGGGCAGCCUCACACUCGAGCAACUGUUGGAAGAGAAACUCCACGAAGUCGCCCACCUACGUGCCACGGUACCGGCUGAGGUGCGGCGAAAGCACGAGCGGGCCUUGGCGAUGACCUACGGCCCACCUCCCGACGGUAAAAACUCCGACGAAAAAGACUAGAAACGGUGGCGAGGAACAACGUUAAUGCUGCUGGCGGAGUGUCCGGUUUGGGAGCAGCAGACCGUACUGCGGCGAACUGCGUGGGCCUCCAUAGUGCACGCGAUUUUGCACGCAACACGCAUCCUCAGUGCCAUGACGCUAUGUUCUCCUUGGCCGUGUUGCGUGGUGUCUUUUGUAGUGAAACUGACGGGGCGUACUUACCUGUGGCGAAGGUGCAGGCGAAGGGGUACGCUCCAAGGGUGUGGAUGGGGUCCAAGGGCGCCACAGCAACGUCGAAACCAUCCUGUGCGACAGAGGCGAGAACCGGUGUCAACAGAAGACAGCUCCAGCUUUUCCAUAAUCUUUCUGAUUCAUUUUACAGGCUUGUAAGUGGGCAAGAAUGUACUUUUCUAUUUCCCUAGUUGAUUGUGCAAUUAUUAAACUGUAAUUGUAUACGA